UCUACAAUCUGAUUGGUGCGUUGAGCGAAUUCUGAGCGUUAUGUUCAAUCUGAUUGGUCGGUUGAGCGGGACAUCCAGGGGAGGUUUCUCAAACUAGUUUUUGACAUCCGGAGUUACUGAGAUCAGCCGGGCGGCGUGAAACGAUACGAUAUUUGUGUACGAGAAGAUGGACCUGUUGCCCCUCUUGUUGUUCGUCGCCCUCUGCGUUCUUCAGUCCUCCAGCAAACCCAUGGAGAAGAAGGACCGCGUCCAUCACGACUCCCAACUCAGCAACAAGGAGCACGAUGAUGAGGAGAACUUCGACUACGACCACGAGGCUUUUCUCGGACAAGAGGAGGCAAAGACUUUUGACCAGCUCACGCCAGAGGAGAGCAAAGACAGACUGGGUAAGAUAGUAGAAAAGAUUGAUGAGGAUCACGACGGCUUUGUGACUGUUGAUGAGAUGAAACGGUGGAUUAAACACGCUCAGAAGCGAUGGAUCUACGACGAUGUGGACCGGCAGUGGCAUGCUCAUGAUCUCAACUCAGAUGCUUAUGUCUCCUGGGAGGAAUACAAGAACGCUACCUAUGGUUACAUCCUUGACGAAGCAGAUCCCGAGGAUGGUUUUAACUACAGACAAAUGAUGACCAGAGAUGAGCGCCGUUUCAAGAUGGCUGACCAUGAUGGUGACAUGAGGGCAAAUAAAGAAGAGUUUACAGCGUUUCUUCACCCAGAGGAGUUUGACUACAUGAAGGAUAUUGUAGUGCUGGAGACCAUGGAGGACAUUGAUAAAAAUGGAGAUGGUUUCAUCGACUUAGAUGAAUAUAUUGGCGAUAUGUACAGUCAGAAUGGAGACUCAAAUGAACCAGAAUGGGUGAAAACGGAAAGAGAACAAUUUACAGAGUUCAGGGAUAAAAACAAAGACGGUCGUAUGGAUAAAGAUGAGACCCGUGACUGGAUCUUACCCUCCGAUUAUGACCAUGCAGAGGCUGAGGCUAAACACCUUCUGUACGAGUCUGAUGCAGAUAAGGAUGGACGCCUCACAAAGCAGGAAGUUGUGGAUAAGUAUGACCUAUUUGUCGGGAGCCAAGUAACAGAUUUUGGAGAAGCUCUGGUCCGACACGAUGAAUUUUAAUUUUGGGAACAUUACACUUGAGAAAUGCAAAAAGAACAAUAAUUUAUUUUAUGAUUUAAUUCAUACAACAUUAUGAAUCAUUACUGUGUUUACAAAACAUUUCUGUUUUUCUACGCCAACUUGAUCAAAUCCAUUUUUUUUUGUUGCCUUUUUUAUGUGAACAUGUCUUUCGUAGCUUAAUUCAUCGCCGUUGGAUUCUGAUGAGAUUUCAAAUGUGCUGAUGAAGUAAUAUUCAGGUCAGCUUGUGAAGCUUGUCAGUGAUGUGUAGAGGUUUGCCUAAUGGUUUAUAAUGCAUUAAAAGCUCCCAUAUAAUGGCAUUUGUGUAACCCAACACAACAUAGAGCACUAAUUUCAAAUGGAGAUAUUGCACAUAAUAUGAUUUGUUUUUUUAUUAAAAAAAAAAAAAAAAAAAAAA